CGCAGAACAAACAAAGCACCUCUUUCCCGAGAUCAUCAACUCUACCUGGAAUCUACCUUGCAACACCAGAUCACCCCAGUGACGCAGACAACACAUCUACAAUCAUGUCCGGCGAGUCCCUCCCGAUCUCUCCGGCCGCCUUCGCCGAAGCCAUCCAAGAGCUACCCCUCCCCGUCCUCUACGCCAAGGUCUCCGAGAUCCGCAAUUCGAUCGCCCACCUGCAUCGCUCGAACGCAGAGCUGCAGACCUUCAUCGACGAGUCGUGUGAGAGCGAUACAGAAAAGCGAGAGCUGGAGAGCUAUAUCACAGAGAACAAAGAUGUGCUCACAUCGAUGAUGGAAAGGGUCACGCUACUCAAAACGGAGGUCGAGAAUCGCGGACAACAGUGGAUCGAGCUGGACGAGGUCAAGGAGACAAACGGCGAUACACAUGAGGUACCUACGCCUCCAAGUCAGCCAAAUUCCGCCUCGACAGGUGGAAAUGCUUCCGGAGACACACCGGAUGGGGGACAAGACGAGGAAGAGGAAGGUGUUUAUCUGUAGGGAAUUUGACCUUGCAGCUUACACCGUGGAUACUUUCACUCGAAGGUGUCGAGAACUUUGUGGAGCAGGAGUUUAUUAAAAUGAUUGAUUGUCCCAUAGACUUGUAUACCCAGGACAUAGUCAUCUUC